AUGGGACAACAUUUAGAACAAACUCACAAAAGUAAGCUCAACUUUUAAAGGAUUUACAAUUAAUUAAAGGUGAACUAAAUAAAGUGUUUGUAUCUUUGCGCCAAGCUUCAUGCCGGGAUAAUGGUCAACUGGGAACGCCUUGUCGCCUUAAGGUGAUGGAACUGAUUGAGUUGCGUGCUAUGGGGUGGCGUCCGAACAUGGCGCAUAGUCAGUACUACAUAAAUAAGGUUGAAGAAACAAAGGAAGAGAAAACGGAACGCAAAAAAGACAGUCCACCGCCUGCGGUUCCUUCACAUAAGCCUAUAACCAAUAACUAUAACACGAAUUUCGGGCCUGCAUUUGUUCCGCCAUUUAUUCCUCAACAGGUAAUUCCACAUGAAAAUUCAAUAGUGAUUGUAUAAAAAUAUAUUUAAACUUACAUUACCGUUUUGUACUAUAUCAUUACAAUUUUAUAAAAUUUUAAAAAAUCACUUCAAUGCUUGAUUCUUGUCAUUAUGUUCAGUACUUUUUAGCCGAUGUACGACCAUCAACCCGUAGGUCCUGGCUACUUUUUAAUUCCAACAAAUACACCGUGGGGUACCGGAAUAAUGCCAGCCAAUAUGAUAUCUCCUUUUCAACAACAAAUGCGGCCCCCAAACUGGUUGCGAUCUAAUACGGUAGCUGCGGCGGUUGGUGCACAUUUUAAAGUCGACGGAUUUACAAAAAUGAUAAAGCAACCCCAACUGCGCGAAGAAAUCACUAUUAAAAACGCGGAUUCUGGAAAAAGUAAGAAAAAUAUUAAUUAUAAAACGAAUAGAUUUAUAAAACGUGGUUUAGUAUCUUCAUAAAAAUAAGGAAAUGUUUCGAAAGAUUGUUGAUAUUAUUUUAUAUUAUAUUUUAUUAGCACAAAACGGUUUAUAAGCCCUAAUUGUUUCAGUCAUGGGUGUAAAAGGACGUAGAGUGGCUGUGGUUGAAGAACUUAGUAAAACAGUGAUAAGCUUUCAAAAAGUGGACCACAAUUCUAAGUACCGUAUCCUAGCAAUCAGCGGUUGCACAUCAGAAAGUAUACAACAUGCAAAACGACUAAUUGAAGACACGAUUCGACGAAACGUAUCGCCUAAUAGGGUAGGUGUGGAAAUCAAUGUCAAAUAAUUUCAUGAUACAAUACGUUCAGAUGGAAUGUAACACUAUAACAAGAUCAGAACCUGCACCAGAAGAACCACACCAGGCGGUAGACGUGGAAGAACCCGACGUGACUAUAGAAACAGGAAACGACGGUUCGCUAAAAGUUUCUUGUGCGGAUCCCGAAAUGCUAGAGGUAAUUUAUUUAUAAGCUUAAAAAUUAUAUUAUUGUUAGAUACUUAUCUCCUUUAGUUUGCAUCUUAACGAAAAAAUUUAAAAAACCGCAAGCCCAUUUAAACAAGCCUAUUCUAGGCAGCACAAGCAGCAUUACGUGAGUACAUUAACCUUCGUACAAGCCGAAUGUCAAUAAAAGAACGAGAUGAAAAAAAGGAUAGACGCAAAUCAAUGCCAAUAUCGUCAAGUGCUACGGAAAGUGACACCAAACAAAUACCAGAAAAAAAGUGCGCCGAGGAAGGGAUGAUUCCUCAAAGCAUCAAUACACCUUUAAAGUAAUUCCUAUUCCGGCCUAAAGAAAGAGAAACCAGUAAACGUUAAUUAUCAUAUUUAUUUUAAGGGCUCAUGGAUCCACACCCAACUUAAUGACCGUCUCUAUCAAGCCACUCGAACAUCGGUACGAUCGUGAGGCCAUGUUUGCAAUUAGAGAAAAGCUGGAGUUGACCGACGCCGAUGAAUUGUUGGUUGAGAAGGUUACAAAACUCAACGUUGCGGCUAAACGAAACGAUACACUCGAUAUUGAAAAUUAA